AUGUUCGUGCUCGACCUCCACUGGCCCGAGCCCGAGUUCGCCAAACAUCUGGAGCAACGACUCAAGCUGAUGGCGAGCGACAUGAUGGAGGCCUGCGUCAAAAGAACAAAAUCAGCGUUCGAUGCCAAAAUGCAGAAAGGAAAUAAGUCGACGGACUUCCGGGUGCCGCUGUCGGUCUGCACGAUGUUCAACGUGCUGAUGGACGCCAAGAAGCAGUGCGCCAAACUCUGCGUGCUGGACACCGGCCAGGAGAUUGACAAACAAUGGCAACAGUACCACUCUAAAAUCGAUGUCCUGAUCGACGAGGCGUUCAAAGACAUGAUUUCUUCUCUGGUGUCAAAGAAACCAGGGAUGGAUCUGGCCGACACUUACAUCACCUUCGUCCGGCAGAACCAGGACAUCCUGCGAGACCGCGUCAACGACGAGCUCUACAUCGAGAAGGUGUUUGAUGUGAGUGCUGAUUCAUUUCUCCUCAGCUCAGCGAUGGUAGCUUCAGUAGAUAAAACUAGAGCUGAGAUGAAGCACGGAGAGCUGUCGGCUCGCUCUGCAGGAGCUCCGUCCAGCCAAUCUAACCGCUCGCACUUGACUUCGCUGGAGGGAAGAGACAACACUCGAUUAGAGGAGCGCCACACUCUGCUCGCCCUCCGCGGCAGGAUGUGUUGGGUCCGCUGCUUCAGACACAUCGCUUCUUUGUUCGGUUCAGACACACAAACGUGA